CGCGAAGACAGGAGUUUUCGCGUGUGUGCCGUGUUUCCCGUAAAAAAUUGUAUUUUUCUCUUAUCCUUCAACCGACUUCGGAACACACCUGUUAUCUUUUCCUUUCACCGUCUUUUCUUGAAUUCUUAUGAAUACAGAAAUUCGAUGUCAGCUAUGUGAUGAGCUGCUUCCAAAGUCAAAAGACGCACAGAGAAACCACGAGCGAGAUCAUCACAUUGAUAGUGUUUACGUGGGAGAAAGCCGCAUUUCUAUUCUCAGAACUAAUGGUAACUUCACAUGUCCAUCUUGUGGUGUGGAGAUGAAGGCAACACGAGCUUUUGGUGUUCAUUUGAAACGACAUGGGUUGAUUAUGGCAACUUCAAAAAAACGCGGGCAACUAUAUCUUGGCGAUGCUGAAGGGAACUCAAAACAUGACGUGACAGAUGGAGAUUCCAUGCUUAACCAUUCACCGUCACCAACUCUUGCCCUGGAAAUCUCGACAAACUCAAGAAAGAUUAAAAAACCCCCCACUUGCACAGAAACUGUACUUCUGGCGUCCGAUUCCUUGAUGUCCAGCAGUCAAGCCCAGCAAGACAAACUUAUGCUUGCUCAGCUUGGUCGCUGGAUGCCAAUCAUUUAUCGAUGUAAAGAAAAAGACCAUGGGUUUCUCACUUCAAUUUCCACAGCUUCAACAAUGCUGCAGGAUAACCCACCAGUUGGCGAGUGGUUAUUUCCUGAUCCAGAUACCCCAUCUAAUCAAUUGUCGAUCCAGACUAAUGAAGAUACUCUAAUUAGGCGUAUAAAAUCUGCCAGUAAAGCUGCCAAAAUCUUAUCAACUACAAACCAUGUGGAAUUAACUGAAGCCGAGUGUAAAAUUCUCAACCAAGACUGGCUUGAAUACCCCCAACUUCGGUACUGCUGCUCGCAGUUGUUGGCUGGAUGCAUAAUGACGCAAGAUGAAGUAUCAAUAUUGGUGAAUACCAUCGAGCCCUAUGCACGUGACUCACUCAUCGACGCUCAUUUUGAACGAAGGUCUACAAGUUCUCCAUCAUCAUUUCCAACUACGCCUGGCCGUUAUGGCUUUCUAACAGUCUGCCUGCUUCCCACCAAUGAUGGUCAGAAAUUGGUGAUAGGCACACGAACAAGUAACUUUCUUGUGACGUCCAGUAUUCGGUUAGAUCGACAGUCAGUCAAUAUUGGCCCUGCCACAACUCAUUUUCGCCCAACAACAUCAACCAAGAUAUUUUUGGAUUGUCUUUCUAUAGAACUUGCCAAAUCAUUGUUAGAUAACACAAAGAUCAAUCGCGCCCAAUCGCUCCCAUCAUUAUACCAACUCAAACAAGUACGGAGCAAAUUCGACUGCUUGUCAACAUAUACCAUGUGCCGUUCGUCAUCCACCAUGGCCUCGCCUUUAAAACUCCAGCCAACCACCAUUUGGACAUUAGUAGACCAAGAUUCCAACCACACCACUAUGUCACAAGAAAAAGUAGGCUCUCUUUUGUUCCGCACUAUUGCCCUCCAAGUCAUCCGACAUGGACGAAGUGCCACCCUCCAUCUUGAUGAUUUCAAGCCUAUUCAGGCCCUCUCCAAAGAUUCUUCUGCAGUAGCAUCCAUCCUCCAUAAUAUCUGUAGUCUCUUUGACAAUCAAAAGGAAAUCAAAAUUAUUGGCAACAGCGCCUUGAAUAGCCAACUGGUGGACUUGGCAAAUGGGAUAAGCAACAAAAAAGAAAAUGACAAAAAAAUUGAAGAUAUUAUCAUGGAACUGUACGAUUAGUGUUUUUUCAUUCACGGUCUGUUUCUCUCCAAAAGAACAAAAAAAAAACCACAGCUGGCUUGUCUUGAAAGAAAAAAAAAAUUGCUCAAGCUCUAUAAGAGUUUCAAAAGAAGAUAUUGGAGGAACUGUGGGCCUCAAUAAUUCGUCGUGUUGAGAAAAGGGAAUAAAAGGGAUAAGAUAAUUCUUCGGUGAUGAAUGAGCAUGGUCUUUUAGCUCGCGACAGAAACAUACCAUAUUUCUACUUUAUAUUUCUUUCUUAUUCGCUCUCCCGCAUAAGGAAAAAAAAAUAAUAGCUGGCGAGGUGUUGGAUAAAAUUGUUGAUCAAAGGUCAAGCCAGAAAGGUAAAGAUGUAAUAGUUUUUUUUUUUUUUUU